AUGAAAUGUUCGGAGGUCCUGGAGCGGUUCGCCGCGCCCAAGGCCCUGCUGUCGGGCGCCCUGGGCGCCUGCGCCUACUCGGCGGGCCGCUUCCAGCGGCGGCGGCAGGCGGCCGGCCUCGCGCCGAGGGCCGCCGGCGUGGGCCUCCUGUGCGCCGGGGCCAGCGGCGCCCUCUCGUGGUGGCGGUCGGCGCAGGCCCGGCGGCACGCCGAGGCGCUGCUGCGGCUGCAGCGGACCUCCGACGCGCUGCACAGCAUGGUUCCGAUCGACAGCACCGCGGAGCUGCUGCCCAUGGACGAGUUCGACGCGGCCACGGGCCAGAGCGCCGUGGAGGCCAACGAGCAGCUGCUCAAGCAGAUCCGCGCCGAGGACCGGGCGCGGCGAGCGCUACGCAGCAGCUGA